AUGGAGGGCAGCCCGGGCCCGCGGGGGCGCGCGGCGGGGGCGCGCGAGAAGGGCCGGCGGCAGGCGGUGCGCGGCCCGGCCUUCAUGUUCCGCGCGCGCGGCUGCAGCCUGACGGCCGAGGAGGAGCGCUUCCUCGACGCCGCCGAGUACGGCAACAUCCCGGUGGUGCGCAAGAUGCUGGAGGAGUCGCGCUCGCUGAACGUCAACUGCGUGGACUACAUGGGCCAGAACGCGCUGCAGCUGGCCGUGGGCAACGAGCACCUGGAGGUCACCGAGCUGCUGCUCAAGCGCGAGAACCUGGCGCGCAUCGGCGACGCGCUGCUGCUGGCCAUCAGCAAGGGCUACGUGCGCAUCGUGGAGGCCAUCCUCAACCACCCCGGCUUCGCGGCCAGCGGGCGCCUGACGCUGAGCCCCUGCGAGCAGGAGCUGCAGGACGACGACUUCUACGCCUACGACGAGGACGGCACGCGCUUCUCGCCCGACAUCACGCCCAUCAUCCUGGCCGCGCACUGCCAGAAGUACGAGGUGGUGCACAUGCUGCUGCUCAAGGGCGCGCGCAUCGAGCGGCCGCACGACUACUUCUGCCGCUGCGCCGACUGCGGCGACCGGCAGCGCCUCGACUCCUUCAGCCACUCGCGCUCCAGGAUCAACGCCUACAAGGGCCUGGCCAGCCCGGCCUACCUGUCGCUGUCCAGCGAGGACCCCGUGCUCACCGCCCUGGAGCUCAGCAACGAGCUGGCCAAGCUGGCCAACAUCGAGAAGGAGUUCAAGAACGACUACCGGAAGCUCUCCAUGCAGUGCAAGGACUUUGUGGUGGGCGUGCUGGACCUAUGCCGGGACUCGGAGGAGGUGGACGCCAUUCUCAACGGGGACCUGGAGGCAGCAGAGCCCACCCCUCCGGAGCUGCACAGGCGCAAGGCCUCACUGAGCCGCGUCAAGCUGGCCAUCAAGUACGAGGUGAAGAAGUUUGUGGCUCACCCCAACUGCCAGCAGCAGCUCCUGACCAUCUGGUACGAGAACCUCUCGGGCCUGCGGGAGCAGACGGUGGCCGUCAAGUGUCUGGUGGUGCUGGUGGUGGCCCUGGGCCUCCCGUUCCUGGCCAUAGGCUACUGGAUCGCGCCCUGCAGCCGGCUGGGGAGGACCCUGCGGAGCCCCUUCAUGAAGUUUGUGGCCCACGCCGCCUCCUUCAUCAUCUUCCUGGGCCUCCUGGUGUUCAAUGCCUCCGACAGGUUUGAAGGCGUCAGCACGCUGCCCAAUGUCACCGUGACCGACCACCCCAGGCAGGUCUUCAGGGUGAAGACCACCCGCUUCACGUGGACCGAGAUGCUCAUCAUGGUCUGGGUCCUCGGGAUGAUGUGGUCCGAGUGCAAGGAGCUCUGGCUGGAGGGGCCACGUGAGUAUGUCCUGCAGCUGUGGAACGUGCUGGACUUUGGGAUGCUCUCCAUCUUCAUCGCCGCCUUCACCGCCAGGUUCCUGGCUUUCCUGCAGGCCACGAGGGCACAGCAGUAUGUGGACAGCCACGUGCAGGAGAGCGACCUGAGCCAGGCCGCCCUCCCGCCGGAGGUCCGGUACUUCACGUACGCCAGAGACAAGUGGCUGCCGUCGGACCCGCAGCUCAUCUCUGAGGGGCUGUACGCCAUCGCCGUGGUGCUCAGCUUCUCCCGCGUGGCCUACAUCCUCCCGGCCAACGAGAGCUUCGGGCCCCUGCAGAUCUCGCUGGGUAGGACGGUCAAGGACAUCUUCAAGUUCAUGGUCCUCUUCAUCAUGGUGUUCCUGGCCUUCAUGAUCGGCAUGUUCAUCCUCUACUCCUACUACCUGGGGGCCAAGGUGAACGCCGCCUUCACCACCGUGGAAGAGAGCUUCAAGACUUUGUUCUGGUCCAUAUUCGGGCUGUCUGAAGUGACGUCCGUCGUGCUCAAGUACGACCACAAGUUCAUCGAGAACAUUGGCUACGUGCUGUACGGCAUCUACAACGUCACCAUGGUGGUCGUGCUGCUCAACAUGCUGAUUGCCAUGAUCAACAGCUCCUACCAGGAGAUCGAGGACGACAGUGAUGUGGAGUGGAAGUUUGCGCGUUCAAAACUCUGGUUAUCUUAUUUUGAUGACGGGAAAACCUUACCUCCACCCUUCAGUCUCGUUCCCAGCCCGAAGUCAUUUGUCUACUUGAUCCUGCGGCUCAGCAGCUUCUGCAGGUGCCGGCGGGGGCGGCUGCAGAGGGACGUGGAGAUGGGCCCAGGCGGCUCCAAGUCCAGGUUAAACCUCUUCACUCAGUCUAACUCAAGAGUUUUUGAAUCACACAGUUUUAACAGUAUCCUCACUCAGCCGACACGCUACCAGCAGAUCAUGAAGCGCCUCAUCAAGCGCUACGUGCUGAAGGCGCAGGUGGACAAGGAGAACGACGAGGUCAACGAAGGUGAAUUGAAGGAAAUCAAGCAAGACAUCUCCAGCCUCCGCUACGAGCUGCUGGAGGACAAGAGCCAGGCCACCGAGGAGCUGGCCGUCCUGGUCCACAAGCUCAGCGAGAAGCUGCUCCCCGCCCGCUGAGCGGGGUUGGCCGGGCCUGGCUGUGGCACACGCGGCAAUAAUGUCCCACCUGUGAACUACUUGAAACCCCGGUGUACGUGUUAGCGUCAACUGUCUAUCGUGUGGCCCUCCCACAGUCAGGCCUUGACGAGUUUACUCUCUUAUCACAUAAAAACGGUCUGUUUUAUCUGCCUUGACCUUGUAGAUGACUCACCUUUGGUCUGAGGGCCCCGCUUACCGGAGCGUUUGUCAGGUUAGGGUGAGGGCCUUGGCCUGCAGGAGGCCGUGCGCUCCUUGGGGACAGACCGCGUCCGCCCACCUGUGUCUCCAGAGCCCAGAGCGACCCCUGCUGCCCGCAGGUGCUCCACCCACGUCGUUAAAACCACCACCCGAGGGCCUGGCCGGCUCCCUGUAGCGCUCCCCCGCGAGCCAGUGCUGGGGUUUUUCUUUAACAAAAUAACGGAAGAAAUUUUACAACCAGACUAUGGCUGGGUGAGGUUUUCUUAGAAUUUGUAGCGUCACUGAUAACCCUAGAACCAUGGAACUCCAAGUGAAGAAUUCAACACUGAAACGGGCUACUAGGAAAUAUAACCGCACUACAUAGUCAAGUUUAUGGGAUUGCUCAAAACAACACAUUAAAGAUUGCCCUAACGUGUGUGUUCUCGCUCGUCUGUCGUGACCUUCUUUGCUUUCAGUUGUGUGAAUCAGUCAGCAGCGUGGUGAGAGU